CUAGGGUUUUGCGCUCCUUCACCACAUUCGCGACAGUUAUCUGCAUUUUCCGGCAUAAACACACGGACGGCAGAGCCACAAAAACAUGAGGGGUCAAAAGUUGUGAUACUGAAAUUUGGCAGACACGGAACACACAUAACACAGAAGCAUGGCCAGUUCCAUGGUGGCAGUGGGACUGGCUCUGGCAGCAGCCGGAUUUGCAGGUCGUUAUGCCAUUCGGGCCAUGAAGGAGGUGGAGCCUCAAGUGAAACAGGCUCUUCAGAGCUUCCCCAAGACAGCUUUUGGAGGAGGCUAUUAUAAAGGCGGCUUUGAACCAAAAAUGACAAAGAGAGAAGCUGCUCUGAUAUUGGGUGUCAGUCCCACAGCAAACAAAAACAAGAUCAGGGAAGCUCACAGAAAGCUGAUGAUCCUGAACCAUCCAGACAGAGGUGGAUCUCCCUACAUCGCAGCAAAGGUAAACGAGGCUAAGGACCUGAUGGACGGCCAGACCAAGACAUAGUUGAUGGUUUCUCACAGCAGAACUAACCACUUUUGUAAAUGUACUGUUCUCUAAUUAAACCAUGCUGUACAAAUCAAA